AUUUACCUUGGCCUUAAGCCAAGUAUUAUUGUGGUGGCGAUUGCGAGUAUUGCGUUGAUGGGUAUUUUGUACGUAUAUGUGUACAUGCUCUCGAAAUAAUUUUUCAUUGAAUUGUUGGGAUCUUGCUGGCGUAAAGUGUGGAGGUGCUGACAUUCCCAAAGGUCCAAGGAAGCUCUGUUGAUCUGUUCGUAUCCAAGAGCCAAAACCCCCCAGAAGUUGGUGUUUUCCAAGACAUGAUGUUUACGAAGGAUACGAAGCAUUCUGACAAGAAAAGAUGGAUCUGUAUCUACCCGUCAUACAUUAACAAUCAGAAGACCUUAGCUCAAGGACGAAGAAUACCAAAGGAAUGCGCGGUAGCUAAUCCGAACUACGAGGAGAUCCGGGACGUGCUGGUGGCUGCCGGUCUGCAGGUAGACGUCGAGAACAAGCUGUACCCGCGCGAGAACAGUAAGGAGUUGUUGUACCGUGGCCGCAUCCGUGUCCAGCUGCGCCAGGACAACGGCCAGCCGGUGAAGCCGCAGUUCCCCACCAGGGAGUCGCUGUUUCGAUAUCUGGGCGAGAACAUUCCGAAGCUGAAGACCCGGCAGAACAAGCCGGCGGAGGGCCAGCAGGCAGCUGCCGCCGCCGCCGCGGCCGUCCCCGCUGGCGCUCAGGCCGGCAAGAAGAACAGGGGCAAGCGGUAGAGCGGCCGGCCGGCUUUGUGGAAGGCGCCCACGGCGUGGGCGGUUUUUUACGGAUCAC